GGGAGGCUGCCGGCGGGUCCCGGUGCAGCAGCAGCAGCAGCAGCAGCAACAGCAGCAGCAGCAACAACCCAGUGACAGCUAGGAGCAGAGGAUGGAAGCGGCCGGGAGCAGGCGGCCGGCCCCCGCCUGCAGCCGUGGGUAGCCCGGGGAGCGGAGAGCCGCGCCCGGGGAGGCAGCGGCCACAGCAGCCGUCCCGCCCUCUCGGGGUAUAAACAGUCCGGAUCCGCCGGGGAAAGCCGCCUGGUUGACUUGAGAAGGAGCGGCGGCGGCGGCGGGAUGCCGUAAGACAGGCCGGGGUGUUGCUGCGGCUCAGCCGAGCGCUUCAAUGAUGGGCGACGCCACGGACGCGGCCAAAGACAUGAAGAAGACGUUCAUUGUCCCUGCCAUCAAAGCCUUCGAUCACUACGACUUCUCCAGAGCCAAGAUCGCCUGCAGCCUGUCGUGGUUGGUGGCCAAGGCGUUCGGGACAGAUCACGUGCCAGAGGAAAUUGGGGAACCAUUUUACACAGACCAGUACGAACAAGAACACAUUAAGCCACCUGUUGUCAACCUGCUUCUCUCUGCCGAGCUGUACUGCCGUGCCGGGAGCCUGAUCUUGAAAAGUGAUGCUGCCAAACCAUUCCUGGGUCAUGAUGCAGUUGUACAAGCGCUUGCACAGAAGGGCCUUUACGUCACCGAACAGGAAAAGCUGGUGACUGAGAGAGAUCUUCGCAAGAAACCAAUUCAGAUGAGUGCCCAUUUGGCUAUGAUUGACACACUGAUGAUGGCUUACACUGUCGAAAUGAUCAGCAUUGAGAAAGUGGUCUCUUGUGUGCAGCAGUUCACAAACUUCUUCCCAGCCACAGAACUUCCCUAUGACAUUGAAGAUGCCAUCGUCUGCUGGAUAAAUAAGGUAAACGAACAUUUGAAGGCAAUAGUUGGCCAGGAGCAGAAGCCGAGGCGACCAGAAGGUCCAGAAAUACCUGGAAAUCAAAGGUCUCCAACCAAAUGGUAUUGGAAACUGGUUCCUGCUCGCUACAGGAAGGAUCAAGCUCUACCCAAGCAAGUGCCCUGUAUCCCAGCAGUGGAAAACCUGCUGAAGGAUACCACGGAUGGUUGCUCGUUAGCUGCUCUGAUUCAUUUUUACUGUCCUGAUAUUAUCCGAAUGGAAGAUAUAUGCUUGAAGGAGACUAUGUCGUUGGCUGAUGGCUUGUACAAUCUACAAUUGAUUCAGGAAUUUUGUGAAGGUUACCUGAAUCAGUGCUGCCAUUUCCUUCUGGAAGACAUGCUCUAUGCAUCUUCAUCAAUCAAGAAUAACUACCUGGUAUUUAUGGCAGAGCUGUUCUGGUGGUUUGAGGUCGUGAAGCCCUCGUUUGUACAGCCCAGAUUGGCUUCUCAGUUGGAAGCAGAACCGCUUCACCCAACAAGGAACAUGCCUGCCUCUUUACCGAUAUCAAACGCUACUAGAAAAAGCUUCACGGACACCGGUUCCAACUCUGAGUUUGACUGCAGCAAAGCGAGUCCAACAUUUUCACCAUCGCAGCCCCUUCUGCCCUUGCGGCACACUCAGCAUCGUCCACAUUCAUCAGAUUCAGGAAUCAUGCGUCGAUCUACCUCCAUGUCUUACAUGGAGGGUUAUGCUGGGACUUGGCCUGAAAAGAAACACAGAUCCUUUCCCCAAGCAGUGUCAUUCAAAAUACCCUUUGAUUCAGACAAUGAUAUUGAUCCAUCCAGUAAAACUAACCAAACGAUAAUCAGAUCAAUUAGUAAUGACAGCUUAAUUUCAAACGUUAACAACACUCCUAAACAUUUGGUUAGAAAUGAAUCUUUGCAGCCAAUGAACGGGCAGAGCAACGGGACAGAAGAAACACAUCUGUCUAGUCACGAUGAGAGACUUGAAGGCUCAGCCAGGAGUCCUGGUUCAGCAACAGACAAUGUGCAAAGAUGCCCCCUGCAAGAUGCAGUGUCAAAUGGCCCAAAGGAAAAUAAUUUUGGUGUUGGAGACUACGAGAAUCACAAUGGCCCACCAUGCAUUGAAGAUGCUCUACAUAUAAUUCAUCAUGUAGACAAGCCUUAUUUAGAACUUGAAUCUGAACAACUAGCUGAUGGAUUCUUCCUGCAUGUUAAAAAUUCCAAUGACAUUAUUGCAAAAUCCAACAUGAAUCAAACCAGCAGCCUGGAUUCUAUUGCAGAGGUUAAGGACACUACUAGCUCCUUGACUGAUAAUACUGAGGUGGACACAGGAAUCCAUGUUCCAUCUGAAGAUAUUCAGGAAACAAUUGAUGAAGAUUUUUCCUUUAGAGAUUACACCGUUAGUAUGGAUUCAGAUAUGGAAGACACGUCCAAACCUCAUGACUCUGAUCUGAAAAAUGAUGAUCCUUUCAUUUUACUUCCAGGCUCAAAUUGCUUGGCUGCUGGUUUACCAUCUGGAAAUGGCAUUUCUCCAGGUUCUGCAAUUAAGAUGACAAGUUUUGCCGAACAAAAGUUGAAGAAGUUGAACACCCCUGAUGCUAGAUUGAGCAGCAGCAGUUCCCAGAAGACUACUCCAGAGAGUUCAGAGCUUUGCACCCCCGGCGUGGUCUCCAGUUGCCAGUUAACUGAGCUAAGUCUCAGCAAACUAACCAGAGAUCCGGCUCAGCUGCUGGCUUCUGAAAUGAUUCAGCUUAAAAUGAAGCUCGAGGAAAAACGGCGAACUAUUGAAGCCCAGAAAAAGAAGGUCGAAGCUGCUUUUAUGAGGCAAAGGCAAAAAAUGGGCAGGACAGCAUUUUUGAAUGUUGUGAGAAAGAAGGGCGAUGAUAAUUCUCCAUUGAAGAAGCCUGGAAGUGAACAUGAAGAGAGAUUGGGGGGUGGUGAGGAGAAACUUGAUGCAAUUGGAAUGACGAGCAACUCCACAGAUAGCAGUAAACAUGAUGUUCGGUCUUCAACCACUGACGUUCAUUCAGAAAAAAGAGUUGGCUGGAAUUUAAACAGCCCCACUGAAGAAUCUAUGGGAGAUGUUGACAUCAUGGAAUACAACAGACUAAUUGAGAAGAUGAAUACGGCUUUACACGCCUUACAACAAGAGAUGCAACGCUUGGCAAACCAGCAGGAAUUAAUAAUGCAGAUGAGAGAACAACAGCAACAGCAGGCAUGGGUAAUAUCUCCCCCCACUCAAUCAUCCUCACCACAGAAGCAAGCCAGAGAGCUGCGAUCCUCUCCACGGUCAACCGGGUCACAAUCUCCUUCCCUUUCCUCUUCUGGAGAAUCUCCUCGUUCCACCCAACGCUCUCCUCAAACUGUUAACCGAAGGUCUUCAUUCUCGAAGAAUUCGAAAUCGAGGCCAAAUGAAUUGAAGAUAAAGCCAUUAAACCGUGUUCUCACCCCGCCGUGUUCUGUCGACCGUCUUCCUCAUCUCAGGCAGUUUGCCCCCAGCCAGACCCAGAUGAGGUCAUUCAUUUUCCUCAGAGAUGUCGAACCGGAGGACAUUUCGAAAGCAGACUGUGAAAAAUCCACGACUGAGGCAGCGAAGCCAGAAAGUGAAGUCACAAAUGAAAAGCCUUUUAAACCAGAGGCUUGUGAAUCGCAAUUUGAGCCCAAAAUAUUGCAAGGGCCCAUGGUGUCGACGGAAAAUUCUGGGCCUUCAGCAGACAUUCCGACUGAAAGAAAAUAUCCCGUUGACCGGACUGGAAAGCCAAGCUUAAUUGAGGUUUCCCUUUCUGAAUUGGAAACGGAAGGGGAUGAAGCAAAUAAUGGUGAAAAAGAACAUGUUGAAGAACAGAAAUUGUGUUGUGGAUUCUUCUUUAAAGAUGAUCAGAAAGCUGAACAGAUUGCAAUGAAACGAGCAGCUCUCUUGGAGAAACGUGUGAGGAGGGAGAAGGAAAAUCAGAUCAAACAACAGCAGUUGGAAGCAGAGAUGGAAGAGAGGAAGGAAGAAGCAAGACUCAAAGCAGAAGAAGAGCGGCAAAAGAAGGAAGAGGAGAGGUCACGAAGAGAGUUCAUUAAACAAGAGUUUCUCAGGAAAAAGCAGUUGAAACUAAUGAAGGACAUGGAUAACGUGAUCAAGCCUCGUCCUACCAGCCUGAAACUGAAGAAGGCCCGUCCAAGAUCUUUUCGAGAGGAUUUAUCAAGUCCACGAACGCCUGUCAGAUCAUCAGCAGUUUCCUGUCUGUCUCUGGCAUCAUUGAACACUGCAGAUGCUGAUAGUGUACGUUCAGGAAAAAAAUCUCCCAGGACAGAAUCAGUGGAUGGAAUUAUAUCGUCAGGUUGUUCUGCCAAUCGGAAUGGUGAAAAAGACUGGGAGAAUGACUCAACAACGUCUUCGGUUGCUUCUGCAACGGAGUAUACAGGACCAAAAUUAUACAAAGAACCCAGUGCAAAAUCUAACAAACACAUAAUUCAGAAUGCAAUUUCGCACUGCUGUUUAGCUGGAAGAGUCAAUGAAAGUCAGAAGUACAAAAUACUUGCGGAAAUGGAAAAUUCUGAAGCCAAUAACUUUUUGAUCCUUUUCCGCGAUGCCGGUUGCCAAUUCCGUUCACUCUACACCUACAAUACUGAAAACGAAGAAAUCAUUAAGUUGACAGGAAUAGGACCUAAAAACAUUGGAUGGCAAAUGAUUGAGGCACUCUACAAAUACAACUCUGAUCGCAAGCAAUUCAGCCGCGUUCCUGUCAAAUCAUUGUCUGCCUGUGUGGACGCGAUUAUCAUCCAUGGCCAUCUGUGGCAGCAUAAAAGACCCAGCACUCCCAAAUUGCUCACGCCAAGAUCAUAGUGAGGACAACCAUCACAAAAAUAGUAAUGGCAUUAAGCAAUUGCACUUCAUCGUAACUGCCUGAGGACAAGGGAUUUUCUAGUGGCCCAGAGCAUUCCUUAUGUUUGUAAAUUUAAUCUGUCCAGUACAAACAAUGGAAACUGGACACCAAACUUCACUUUCAAUAUGCACAACUGGAAUGUAUAGGUUAAGGGUCUUAGAAGGACAUCAUUGUUACAAUUAGAAGUAAAAUGAUUCAUUGGGAAACUUUUUUUUGCUUUAUCAUGCUUGCAGUUUACUAUUUGACAAUUUGUAACAUCACUGCCAUAACUUGUCCUUUGGUACACUGGAGAAUCAUUAAUCUGAAUGAUACCUAUUUAAACUAGUAAUACUUCUUUUGCUGUGUUACAUUUGUUAAUGUUGUUACAACUGUCAUACAAUUUGGCUCAUGUUUUAAAGGGGAGGUCUUUGAUAUCCUUCAGCCUUUAAUGUUUGUUGUUCUUCAGUAUUAGCCAUGUCAGCAUAAAGGGGCUGAUGUCUGCAGAUUAGUGCAAAGGUGCUAUGUCGCAUUGAUUUACUUAAAUACAAAGCUAUUGGCCUGAUACAAUUUUUCCAGAAUAUAUAUUUGAAGCAGGUUUUAUAACAGUAUUACAAGUUAACCCAAAAAACGUAGGUCUACAGUGUUAGAAGUACAGCAUCAUUGACGUGACAAGAUUGAACAUUUUCUUCUGUUGCAUGCAACAAAGCCAUGUGAACUCACAUUAACUCCAUUGACUUCAGUGGAACCUAAUUUCAGUAGUGGAGUAUUACAUGCAGACUCUACUACAUGAAGAUAUGGGGUAAAUUUUCAUUCCUAUGCUUCAAAGCUAUAGCAAGAAUCUGUAAAACUGCAGCGUAAAGUAGCUAUUGCAGUGCUUCUGCUGCAGAUGUGCACUACAGUACACGGGAAUGGUGUUUGCUUGCUGCUUCUGCUGUUUUACUUGGUUUUAACAAAUACAUGGUUUCCUGUAUAUACAGAAGGGAUGGUGAUAGUUAUUGUACUGUGAGUAAUGGAUAGAAGUAGAGGCUAAAAUCUAAGACCAGACCAGUCAUAAUGAUGCUAGACAGUGGGACAAGGUAAGAUGACUGGAAAAGAAAUAGUGGAAAUGGUAAAGGAAGUAGAGUUUUUAAUUGUUUCAAUUCAUGGUUAGACAAGUAGUUAGACAAAUGAUCCUAUAUGUCUUUAUUGUAUGGUAUAAAACUAACCACAAGAGAAACAUCAUUCACAUUCCCAUCUCUUGAGGAUGCAUUCCAUUUGUGAAUCACAUGCAUUAAGUUUUGCAUUGAGAUUAAUGUCAGUAAUUUAUUGUGUACCACAUAUGUGGAAGGUCUCGCAUUGCGGUGACAAGUCGUGUGCCAUUCCAAAGUCAAAAACAAAAUGCUGGAAAUAAUCAGCAGAUCAGGCUGCGGUUGUGGGAAGAAGAAACAGAGGCAAUGUUUCAGCUUGAAGACUCUUCGCCAGAAAAAUCAUGGGUCAUCAACCUGAAACAUUGACUCUUUUCUUCCACACACACAAGCUGCCUGCGCUUGUGAGUAUUUCCACUGUUUUCUGUUUAUAUUUUAGAUUAUUUAUUUUAGAUUUCUUGCAUCUGCAGUUUUCUUGAUGCUUACGUGCCAUUCCAAAUUGCUGUUAUUGUACCAUGGUGAACGGAUGACUCCAGAAUAUUGUGGACUAUUAAUUUAUAACCAUGUGUAUGCUCCCCAUCAUUGCCGAAAAAUGCUACUUCUAUCAGGUUUUUUUUGUCUGGUGAGUGGAUAGCACACAACUCUUCUCACACCCAUGCCACCAGCCAAAGAAAAUUUUCACUGCAUUUUCUUCAGCCAAUAUCAUUUUCACUUUACCACCUACAUUCCCCACUGACUGUUUGUUCGUGUCCAUCAAGUACACUUGUUAUCGUGAAGCUGCUUUCUCAACAUACUGUCUCGGUGUUCCCAAAACUGAACCCAUUGUACGUAAUUUGACAUUUAAUGCUGUUCUUAGUAAUCAGUUAUUGAGGCUUUCAGAUUUUUGGUUUGUUUUGUUGCGAUAUCAAUCUGCAGAAUUCUCAGUAUUUUCCACUCCGUUGGGCUUUUCUUUCUGUAUCUCGGUCCAUCCUGAUGAUGAUCUUUUAAAUUUCUCAUGCUGUUUUUUACAGCUGAGAUGCGUUUCAGAUCUUGGUUUAUUUCAUAUUGUCCCCCCCCCCCCCCAUACCUCUUAUCAUUCCUUUCAACUGACAUGUGGUUGUUCUAUUUUCCUUCUUCCUUUAAUCGCCUUGUUAUGAUGUACACCCUCCCCCUUACGCUAACUAUAUCUCUCCCUGUCCGUCUGUUCUCUGCCCAUAAUGCAGGCACUCUUUGCCUAAUUUACUUACAUUUCUGUGUUCAUCGUCUCGCUCUCUUUCACUCUGUUUGUAUUUAGAAAUUGACUAAGAAGUACAAGUGACGGUAUCUUGGCUGAAGUGAUUUUAAAAUAUUCCCAUUGUAGAUCUUCUGUUGAUUUUAUGUGCCUUUAAUCUUUUAAAGUUUUCGAAUCGCUUGAAGAAGUUAUGAUUUGCUCACUCUUGCCUGAAAACUCACUUCUUACUGCUAUAGCAUUUGCCAUGGUCAACUAUAUCUGUGUCAUAUAAGGUUUGUUGAGAUUAUCUGCUCACUCACAUGUAUCAGUAUUGCUGCUUAUAAUGAUGGGAAAUUUAUUCCAAUGUUUAAUUCUUGAAAAGCUUAAUAUCUUUUUGGUCUUUCAUUGGACCAGCCGGAAACUAUAGGAAUCUUAUUCUGACGGGUACACAUUUUCAUACAUUAGUUUUGUUUUGUUUGUUUUAUUUGGCUUGCUUGGAUUUGAUAUUUAAGCACUCGAUUUCAAUCUCCUGCCUUCCGAUCAGAUUUUUGACUUUUCUGCCAAUUACUUGAGCAAAUCCUUUUUUGUUGCACUGUCUGCAUGUACAUGGAAUUAUU